AAUCGUACAAUGGCCCAUACUCCGAAUUUGCGACAUUUCAGCGGACACGAGUACCUGAGACAACGACUUGUUUUGUCUAUUCUGAGCGGGAAGCCCGUGAAGAUUGACAAAAUACGCCCGGACGAUAAGGACCCAGGUCUCAGGGAUUACGAAGUCAGUCUAUUACGCCUGCUCGAGAAGGUCACCAAUGGAACUGUAAUUGAAAUCUCCUUGACGGGCACCGCUAUCCUCGUCAAGCCAGGGAUCAUAGCCGGAGGUACUGCUGUUCACGACUGUCCCUUGUCACGAUCAGUCGGCUAUUUCUUGGAGCCUAUGGUCAUGAUAGCACCUUUCGCAAAAAAGCCGCUGCAGCUCACGCUCCGGGGAAUCACUACGGACGACAAGGACCUCUCUGUCGAUCUCAUACGGACGGUAACCCUACCUCAUUUGCAACCAUUCGGCAUCUCCGAAGGAUUGGAGUUGCGGAUCAAGAAGCGAGGGGCCCCUCCACUAGGCGGAGGAGAAGUACAAUUCUUGUGUCCCAUCGUUAAGCAGGUCAAGACACUCAAUUUUGUGGACCCCGGACGGAUCAAGAGAAUACGAGGGAUUGCGCAUGCCGUCCGUGUCUCCCCACAGUUCUCAAACCGAAUGAUCGAUGCUUGUCGGUCGGUUCUCAACCGGUACAUACCGGACAUAUAUCUCUAUUCCGAUGUGUACAAGGGCGAGGAAAGCGGCAAGUCACCGGGAUAUGCUCUUAGUCUCCUUGCAGAAUCAACAACAGGCGCAAUUCACUGCUCCGAAGCUGUGUCCAAACCCGGCGCAGCGCCUGAGGACGUGGCACUCAUCGCUUCUCGUGCUCUGCUUGAGGAGAUCCGACGGGGUAGCUGCGUCGACCGCCAACACCAAAGCUUUGCUCUAUUGUUCAUGGCGCUUGGCAGCGAAGACGUCGGCCGGUGUUGCAUGACCGAGCCAACGGAGCGAACUAUACAGUUCAUGCGCGACUUGAAGGAGUUCUUCGGAACGAUAUUCAAGAUUGUCCCGUCCGAGGAGGGUUCAGACCAGCUCCGAUACUCUUGCGUGGGAUGUGGAUAUAUCAAUGCCAACCGAACAUUAGCGUAGUCCGUCGACACCAUCGCGUUACCUCGAGUCGCACGGCAUGGAAGCGAGCCAUGGAGAAAGCCCCAGCCUUGGACGGUGGACAUGAACGACAUGAACGAGCCGUUGCUGUUCGCGAUAUUCAUUGUUGCCCAGGCAGGACCAACAUAUUGUCCUAUCGUUGCCGGAGUCGCCAAAGGCGGAUUAUUAGGCACAGACUGCCACUCUCUGCAACUUUGCACUUCUUUCUCGUCCCCGUUUGAAGUGCAGCGUCGGAGUUUCGUAGCGUAAAAUGUCGCGCCGAGUAGAUAUGCGUCCCAUCUCAACGUGGAGGCGUUUGCACAAAACAUCAGUCCUUUCGUGCCGUUCUUCGUCGCCGCUUCACCCGCUCAGCCAGGCUGGGUGCAGCGUCGUCAGCCGACCCCAACGCUACGACUUCGGUUUUUUCAUGCUUGACCGAAUUGUCGAUGGUAGGGACCGGCAGCGCAUCAUUUUGCCCCGGUUUCCUCUUGCGCUUGUUCGCUGACACAGGGCUCAUCGGAGCCAGCUCAGUCGGCGUCUCCCUUGUCGGCGUUGAGGUUGGGGUUGGCAGCCCAUAGGUGGAGAACGCCUUGAGAUCUGACGUGAACAGCACCGAAUGCGCCCAUCCGGCAUAAUCUCCCCAUGUUGCCGCCAGUUUCGUGUUCACCUCGUCGUACAGUUUCGACGUCAUGCUGGUCUUGGUUUUCGAUCCACCAAGACCAUAGUGCUUGAUCGCAAUUUGAUGGACGUGUGUGUCCACAGGGAUACAUUCCCUCUUGUCCAAGCUCAUGAGCAACACGCAGUCUGCCACUUUACGGCCGACACCGACGAAUCUGAGCAGCUCCUCCCGAGCCUCUGCCGUGGGCAUGUGUCGGAGUGUGGCGAGCCAUGCCUCUGCGGGCUCAACUCCUGCGUUAAAGCUCGAACUCAAGGAUACCGGAUGUGCCUCGGUUAGCAUCUGUGCGGUGCGCUGGAUGAACUCCGCACGAUACCCGAAUCCGAGUUGACGCAGGGUUGCAGAAACGGAGGGAGAGGCGAGAACGGAUGGUGAGGGGAAAGGAUGGAAGACUUCGAGCUCUUUUGACGGUUCCGAACGGCUCUGAUCGCUUUCGGGGUCUGGUGAAGGAGGUGCCCAUGAGGAUAGGGGCUGUGACGGAGGGGGAAGGGAUAGCAAAGCAGGUGAAUAGUGUCUGCACAUCGACUUCACCAUUCCAGUGAUGCGUGAGAUAUGAUUGUUCGACGAACAGAUAAAGGAGACUAGGUUCUCCCAAGGAUCCUGUCGCAACAUGCGUAUGCCAGAGAAUCGUGUCUGGAUCAUCUUAAACACCGGGUCGCGCUCAGCCCACUCUUCGUACAACAUUUCCAGGUCGACGUGGAGCUGGAAAUAAUCUCUGACCCAGGCCAACGUCGUCGCAUUCCUUUCCUCAUGCUCCAUAGGGCUGUUGGCCGGUUGAGGGAAGUGCGCACAAUAGUACAGUGUUUUAGGUGUCUGACGGAGACAGACCACACGGUCUCGCAAGCAUAGACGGUAUUC